GCCUGCGCGGCGCGGAGGGCGCUGGGGCCGGCCGCGCAUGAUGCGGCGGAGGUGGUGAGGCCCCCGCGGGGAGGGGGCGGGAGGAGAGAGAGUCACUUAUAAAUGGCGCCCAAGCAGGACCCCAAGCCCAAAUUCCAGGAGGGUGAGCGAGUGCUUUGUUUUCAUGGACCUCUCCUUUAUGAAGCAAAGUGUGUAAAGGUUGCCAUAAAGGACAAGCAAGUGAAAUACUUUAUCCAUUACAGUGGUUGGAAUAAAAAAUUCUUCAAAUAUUCAUGCCAUCUUGGUUUCCUUCACAGACAGAAAUCAGAGCUCUUCUUCUUACACUGGGAUGAAUGGGUUCCAGAAAGCAGAGUGCUCAAAUACGUGGAUACCAAUUUGCAGAAACAAAAAGAACUUCAAAAGGCCAAUCAGGAACAAUAUGCAGAGGGGAAGAUGAGAGGUGCUGCUCCAGGCAAGAAGACUUCUGGUCUGCAGCAGAAAAAUGUUGAAGUAUUUUUCAGACGAGAUGGAGCGCAUACUGUUUGCUGUUUGGAGACCCCUACAAUAUCGACGCGGAAAACAAAAAAGAACAAACAGAAAACUCCAGGAAUUGGAGAAGGGAGCAGUACCAGUGAGACUCCUCAGCCUCCUAGGAAGAAGAGGGCUCGAGUAGAUCCAACAGUUGAAAGUGAAGAAACAUUUAUGAACAGAGUUGAAGUAAAGGUGAAAAUCCCAGAAGAGCUGAAACCAUGGCUGGUAGAUGACUGGGACUUGAUCACCAGGCAAAAGCAGCUCUUUUAUCUUCCGGCCAAGAAGAACGUUGACUCCAUUUUAGAGGAUUAUGCAAACUACAAAAAAUCACGAGGAAAUACUGAUAACAAGGAGUACGCAGUCAAUGAAGUUGUGGCUGGAAUUAAAGAAUACUUCAAUGUCAUGCUGGGAACUCAACUGCUGUACAAGUUUGAGAGGCCCCAAUAUGCCGAAAUUUUAGCAGAUCACCCAGAUGCUCCAAUGUCUCAGGUCUAUGGUGCUCCACACCUACUGAGGUUAUUUGUACGAAUUGGAGCUAUGCUUGCUUACACUCCUCUUGAUGAGAAGAGCCUGGCUUUGCUGUUAAACUAUUUGCAUGACUUCUUAAAGUAUUUAGCAAAGAAUUCCUCUGCAUUGUUUAGCGCCAGUGACUAUGAAGUAGCCCCUCCUGAGUAUCAUCGGAAAGCAGUAUAAUACUGUGCUGCUUGACAGUGAAGUGAUAAUUGGAUCCUUGUAAUACUGUCCACUUCUACAUCUUGUUCUUCACCUUUCUAUUGCACAUGUCUCUAUUGCACAAAUUAUGUAAACAUAAAGUGAAUAAAGUUGUGUGUUUAAAAUGGAACUGGCAUUUGUAAGUUCUGAAGAUUUCUUGUCCUGAAAUGGAAGCUUGGAGUUUAAUGGGAACUCUUUGGUGUUUCUGGCUUGCUACUGUUGUUUGCAUCAAUGGAAUGUAAAAAAUGCAUUAUGAUAUUUCAUUGUACGAACUCUUCAGUGCUUGUAGGUCUGUUUUGACAUUAAGAUUUGCUUCACUAACCUGCUUUAUUGUGUAGUAAUGACAAAUGCAGACUCUCAGACCCAUGGGGCUUGUGAUCAUCUAGUGUUGGUGCUAUUGAUUUGUCUGACUUUCAAACCCAUUUACUUUCUUGGUGUUGGAAGUAAAAUGUUUGGUCCAUAAAUGUAUGCUUUUAUUUAGGUGGUUGAAGGACUGUGACUUUUUUAUAUUCUAACAAUAGGAAAAUGCUUUAUCAUAUCGUAGUGUCUUGGAAAUGUUGGUCUUUCAAAGAGCUGUUUUACAAAUCUUCAAAUAAACUUUUUUAAUUUCAAA